AUGGCACAAGAUCCGCUGCUGUCUGUGCGAUGCAAGCGUGGCGUCGAGGCCCUACCUCAUGUCGUGGGCACGGUGUCGCUCUUCCUGGACUCUUCUCUCCUAUUGCCUCUUGAAAAAGCGUCGUCACUCGGGUCAGUAGCGCUGCUCAACCGCAUUUGGCGAAGUCUAGACGUCCGAAAGCCCAUUCUGUUGAGACCUGCAAGAACAGAGAUUUACCGAUGGUCUAGUGGAUUUUCGAACAUUUCCCCGAACGUGGCGUGUGCGUGCAAGUGGUAG